GCAAUUUCAGUCGCCCCCGCCCUAUGAAUUCAGUUCAGGCUUGUCGUUUCUCCUUGUUGGAACUUGGGAAACAAGCGCGCCAUUAACUGCGCCAAACAAUGGAUGGGCAUGAUGCAGAUGAUCCCAAACAGAGUACUGCUGAUAUGACUAUAUUCGUGCAAAAUCUUCUGCAGCAAAUGCAAUCUAGGUUUCAGACAAUGUCCGAAUCCAUCAUUUCAAAGAUUGAUGAGAUGGGGAACAGGAUAGACGAGCUGGAGCAGAGCAUCAACGAAUUGAGGGCAGAGAUGGGGCAAGAAGGGUCUCCUUCUCCUUCUGCUCCCCUGAAGACAAAGGAAGAUCCCAAGGCAGCUGAUGAUUCGGCAUAAAGAUGAUUGACAGCAUUGUGUGUUGGGUUCUCUGGCCAGAUUUGUUUUCUUACAAUAUUUUUUAAACUUUGGAACUAAAUUUCAUUCUUGUACUCCGAUUGUGGUUGAGGCGUUUGAGCGACUUAUAUGUUGGUGCCUUUACUCUAUAGAGCAUUGCCGCUGUUGUGAA